AUAAUGGCGGAUAGACAUUGAAACUGAAACAAGAAGAUAUCAUAACUUGAGCAUCAGAUUCAAGUCCCUCUGCAGCAAUAUACCAAAAUUCUGACAAGGAAACAGCAGCGAUUGACGUUAAUUUGUUGUGAUAGAACAGAGUUGAGAAUUGAGAAGUGUGGAGUAACAGAAAGAAGCAAUGGUGUUCUCCAAGGAAGCUGGAUCGUCUUCCUACUCCCUUCCACCAUAACCCAGAGAAGACACCCCUCUCCUCGGGAAGGCUCCGCCUUUGUCCUCCAAUCCCAAGACCUUCGCUAACAUCUUCAUCUCCAUCGUCGGCGCCGACGUGAUGGGCCUCCCUUACAGCUUCAAGCAAACGGGCUGGCUCAUGGGUCUGCUCAUGCUCUUCUCCGUCGCUUUCCUCACCUACCACUGCAUGAUGCUCCUCGUCCACACGCGCCGCAAACUAGAAUCUUUAACGGGCUUCACCAAAAUCGCCUCCUUUGGCGACCUGGGUUUUACGAUCUGCGGCCCAGUGGGCCGCUUCGCCGUCGACGCCAUGAUCGUCCUCUCCCAAUCCGGCUUUUGCGUCAGCUACCUCAUCUUCAUUUCCUCCACCCUCGCGUUCCUCACCAACAACGAAACGACACCGGUUUUCCUAGGUUUCACCCCCAAGGUUCUGUUCCUCUGGGCCUGCUUCCCCUUCCAGUUAGGACUGAUUUCGGUUCGCACUUUGACUCAUUUGGCUCCGCUGAGUAUCUUCGCCGACGUGGUUGAUCUUGUUGCGAAGAGUGUUGUCAUGGUCGAGGAUGUUUUUGUUUCCAUUAAGAAUAGGCCAGAUUUGAAAGUUUUCGGGGGUUUGUCUGUGUUUUUGUACGGUAUAGGUGUGGCUGUGUAUGCUUUUGAGGGAAUCGGGAUGGUUCUACCGUUGGAAAGUGAAGCGAAGGAUAAGGAGAAGUUCGGUAGGAUUUUGGGUUUGGGGAUGGGAUCGAUUUCAGUGUUGUUUGGUUUGUUUGGGGGUUUAGGUUACUUUGCAUUUGGGGAAGAAACUAAGGGUAUAAUCACAACCAAUUUGGGUCCUGGGGUGAUUAGUUUUUUGGUUCAGUUAGGCCUUUGUAUCAAUUUGUUUUUCACUUUUCCGAUUAUGAUGAAUCCUGUGAAUGAGGUGAUGGAAAGAAGAUUCUGUGGGUCUAGGUACAGCUUGUGGUUGAGAUGGCUCAUGGUGUUGGUGAUUAGUUUGGUGGCGCUUUUGGUGCCUAAUUUUGCAGAUUUUCUGUCCCUGGUCGGAAGCAGUGUGUGUGUGGUAUUGAGUUUUGUGUUGCCUGCAAUGUUUCAUCUUAUUGUUUUUAAGCAGGAGUUGGGUUGGAGUUGUUUUGUUUGGGAUGGAGCAAUUGUGGUUUUUGGGUUUGUGAUUGCAGUUACUGGGACUUACACUUCUGUGAUGGAGAUUCUUUCACCCACAUCUUAAUCAUUCGGUUCAAAACUUGUUAGAACUUGUCUGGAUAACUCUUGGAGGAAGAUAAAGAUACCCUUCUGUAUCUUUUUUCUUCCGAAUCUAUUAAUGAAUAGAGAGUAAUGCUAAUCCAAAGAUGUCUUUGAUUAUUUGAAUAUUUGAAUAUAUUGGAGAAACUAAGCUUAUACAUGUUUUAAGUAUAUGCUUGAUGUUUGAUUCCGUGACAGUGAUUGUUGUCGAAAGAUGCUGAAGGAAUUCUUGUUGGAAAUGAUGCUCCUGAAUAAAGUGUUGAGUUUGCUGAGUGAUUUGUUGAUCACCAGCUAGAGUAAAGCCGUGCCAAUUCUUUGUUGCUGGUUCAUUUUUUGUGAAAGUUGUAGCAUAUGGAUGUGAAAGGUUUUUGUUUCAGAAAUAUUACAUUAGUUAAUGAAAGAUUUAAAAUCUCUUCUUCCUUCCAACUUCUGUGGCUAUGGAUAUCAGAGAGAAAACUUCCAAGCUUUUAACCACAAACACAACCUUUCAUCCACCGAUGAGAUGUUUUGAAAGCAAUUCUCUUUUUUAGCUUAUGUUUGAAAAAAAAGAAGUUUAAAUAUAUUUUUAGUUUUU